UGGCCUAUCUCUACUGUGCCAAAAUCUUGUAGCAAGCAAGUAAGACAGAGCGCGAUAGAUUUCGAUCAUCCCCAUCUCUUUCUGGCAUGCUCCGAUUGGCUGAAGGCUCGUCCCCUCUCUUUUAUGAGAGUAUCGUAUGAUACUCAGGCAGACCCCAGAAAUAAGGGGUGCCGAUCGAGUUUGUUUACAUAUUAUACGUGCGAACUGAUGCGAACCAAAAAUAUUUGUGUAAAACGCAAAUGUUUUUAAUUAGUGUCACACAAUGCCAUAUACGUGUCGCGUUCCGAACUGUAAGGCAACUUAUGGGACCAGUGAAACAUUAGACGUUAGUUUCCAUCAGUUACCAAAGAACAAUGAGCGCGGUAAAGAAUGGACAGAAACCCUGUGGAAGAAAUGUAACGUGGAGCUACGCACAUCAGAUCGAUUGUGCAGUAGACAUUUUGAUCGCGUUUGCUUCAGUGUGGGCCCGUUUGGAAAACGGAGACUAAAAUCUGAUGCUGUGCCGACUAUAUUCGACAAUACUUUGUCUGGAGACAAAGUUUCUGAAUCAAUAGAAGAAGCCAUAGAAGUUCCUAAUUCGGAUUCAUCAUCAGUUGAAAAUCCCAAUCAAAGCAUUGAGUAAGAUUCUUUAUUUUCACGUAUUAUGUUCGAGAGUUGAGUUGAGUUGAGACUCACAACUACAAUAGAAUAUGACUUUUUGUUCAAACGUAUUUGCAUAUACGAAUAAAUCAUGAAGAGAAAGGACGUCAAGAGUCGAUAGAUCGGAUACGUAAAGUGUAUUCUCGAAUGAUUGUACACAGGCAUCAGUAAAUACAAAAUUGUUAUUCAAGUA